CGAGGCAGUGGGCGAGCGAACAUAACGAGUGCACCACCUGCGGCCAGAAGUCAACUGUUAUUCGCCGUAGCCACGUGCACGCCAUCGGCCGCCCGUCAACGAAAUGUUUCGUUCGCGAUCGCAAAGCAACGUCGGGGACAGCGAGAAGGAGGCCAAAUUCGUUCAGGAAAGGAUCGACGCGGUGGAGAAACAUUUUGCCGAAUUGUGCUCGGUUUUCGCGGCACACACGAGGAAAGCAGCGAGGCUCAGGGACAAAAGCGACGAAGUUGCCAAGGCGAUACAAACAUACGCCAACUCGGAGGACAUUAAUCGAUCGAUGAGCUCGUGCCUCGUCAACUUUUCCAACACCCUUUCAGUUUUAGGCGAUUACAGGGAUGCUGAAGUUAACAGGCUGAAUGCCAAAGUCGUUGCACCGUUAUCGCAGUAUCAGCACACUUGCAAGCGUGCCAAAGAAAACGUCAAAACGACUUUUGCUGCCCGAGAUGAGGAGCUUCAACGAAAACAAAAAUUGGACAACGCGAGGAAGGAGAAUCCGAAAAAUCGAGAGAAAAUCUCGCAAGCUCAUCUGAACUUUAUGAAAGCAUCUCGAGAAGUUUCGAAGGUAGUGAAAAGCUUAGAGGAGCAAAUCGAUUCGUUUGAGAAGCAAAAGUUGCACGACAUUAAGACGAUACUUUUGAGCUUCGUUACCGUGCAGCUCAGCUUUCAUGCUAAAGCUGUGGAACUUCUCACAAAGGCCUACCAAGAUGUCGCGGAAAUUGACGAGGGGCAAGAUUUAGAGGAGUUUCAAAUUGCUAGAGCUGAAAUUAAUGGGGAAUUUCGUGAAGCUUUGAGAACAACAGAAUCUUCAAAGUCGGGUAAACGAUUAGGCUUUCGUCAAGCAUAUUCACUGAUGAACCUACACUCUCGUUCUUCACCAUCACCACAGAACUUGAGAAAACAGAAUGUACAUAGAACUACAGAAUCUUUGGAUUCUUCAAAAACUGGACAUACAAAUUCAUCGGAGUCAGUGAAUGUGGAAGAGUUUGAUGAGAGUACAGACGACUCUUCAGAGUCAUCUUCUAUUCAAGAAAAAAAAUCAGUGAGAUCUAGACUCAAGUCUAUGUAAAUAAAAAUGUUUA